AGUAGUAGUAAUGGCAGUCUGCUCUCAGUUUCCUUUUUUCUGAGAGAUGAUGAGAUAAGUCGCUGUUUUUAAGUGCUGGUCUUCCUCUUGUUCAGCACCUCGUCACAGGACGGCUAAAAGAAGAGAAGAAGAAGACAUUCAGCGGCAGCUCCCACCUUCACCAUGAAGACCCUGACUGUGUUGGCACUGGUUUGUGCCGUGACGGCUCUGACUGGAGCUGCUCCUCCUCGAGAGGAAAAGGCUGAUGAAGACCAAACAGCUGAUGUUAAUCUGGUGAAGAGAUGGACCGUACGAGGCUGCUCCAGGCCUUGGUCCAGGUCCAACGACCGUUGUUUCCUCUACGUUGCGAGACCCAUGACCUGGGCUAAAGCUGAGAAACACUGUGAGUCCCUGGGAGGAAACCUCGCGUCCGUCCGCAGCCUCCAGGAGUACCACGAGAUUCAGAUGAUGAUGAUGACCGGCCAUCAUGGGUUCGAAGAGACUUGGAUUGGAGGCAGUGAUGCACAAGAGGAAAAGCAGUGGUUCUGGAGCGAUGGCACACCUUUCCACUACUCCAACUGGUGUCAAGGAGAGCCUAAUAACGGUCGUGGCAGUCAGCAUUGUUUGCAAAUGAAUCAUGGAGCUCAGAAAUGCUGGGAUGACAACAACUGCAGCGUUAGAAGACCGUCUGUCUGCUCCAAGAAAGCCUGAUGAUGAACCCGACACAGAAGCAUAACGGACCCGGA